CCCCGCCUACGGCCAACGGCUACGCGGGUGUCCUCGCGCUGCUUGUCCGCGCGCAGCCUGGCAGUUUGCCUCUUCCUCGUCCUCCAGGUUGCGUCCAUGGCCACCGCCGCGACCGAGGAGCCCUUCCCUUUUCACGGUCUCCUGCCAAAGAAAGAGACCGGGGCCGCCUCCUUCCUCUGCCGCUACCCAGAGUAUGACGGGCGGGGAGUGCUCAUCGCCGUCCUGGACACGGGGGUCGACCCCGGGGCUCCGGGCAUGCAGGUUACACCUGAUGGAAAACCAAAAAUCAUUGAUAUCAUUGAUACAACAGGAAGUGGCGAUGUGAAUACUGCUACAGAAGUUGAGCCAAAAGAUGGUGAAAUUAUUGGUCUUUCAGGAAGAGUGCUUAAGAUUCCUGCAAGCUGGACAAAUCCCUCAGGCAAAUAUCAUAUUGGCAUAAAAAAUGGUUAUGACUUCUACCCUAAGGCUCUCAAGGAAAGGAUACAGAAAGAACGGAAGGAAAAGAUCUGGGACCCUGUUCACAGAGUGGCCCUUGCAGAAGCCUGUAGAAAACAGGAAGAAUUUGAUGUUGCCAACAAUGGCUCUUCUCAAAGAGCCUGCAUUGAUUCUAAUGAAGAUGGGGACUUGAGUAAAUCUACUGUAUUGAGAAACUAUAAAGAGGCCCAAGAAUAUGGUUCUUUUGGCACAGCUGAGAUGUUGAAUUACUCCGUUAAUAUAUAUGAUGAUGGAAACCUACUCUCCAUUGUGACCAGUGGAGGAGCUCAUGGGACACACGUAGCUAGUAUAGCUGCUGGGCAUUUUCCAGAAGAACCUGAAAGGAAUGGGAUAGCUCCUGGUGCUCAAAUUCUUUCCAUCAAGAUUGGUGAUACGAGGCUAAGCACAAUGGAAACAGGCACAGGGCUCAUAAGAGCUAUGAUAGAAGUUAUAAAUCAUAAGUGUGAUCUUGUCAACUACAGCUAUGGAGAAGCAACUCACUGGCCAAAUUCUGGGAGAAUUUGUGAAGUAAUUAAUGAAGCAGUGUGGAAGCACAAUAUAAUUUAUGUUUCAAGUGCUGGAAAUAACGGUCCAUGCCUUUCUACAGUCGGUUGUCCAGGUGGAACUACAUCAAGUGUGAUAGGUGUUGGUGCCUAUGUUUCUCCUGAUAUGAUGGUUGCUGAGUAUUCGCUGAGAGAGAAAUUACCUGCAAAUCAAUACACAUGGUCUUCUAGGGGCCCUAGUGCUGAUGGGGCCCUUGGAGUGAGUAUCAGUGCACCAGGAGGAGCCAUUGCUUCUGUUCCUAACUGGACGUUGAGGGGAACUCAGCUAAUGAAUGGGACAUCUAUGUCUUCCCCUAAUGCGUGUGGAGGCAUUGCCCUGAUACUUUCAGGUCUGAAAGCUAAUAAUGUUGACUACACAGUGCACUCAGUCAGAAGAGCUCUAGAAAACACUGCAGUGAAAGCUGACAAUAUAGAAGUAUUUGCCCAAGGACAUGGUAUUAUUCAGGUUGAUAAAGCCUAUGACUACCUCGUUCAGAAUACAUCAUUCGCUAAUAAAUUAGGUUUCACUGUUACUGUUGGAAAUAACCGUGGCAUCUACCUCCGAGAUCCUGUCCAGGUGGCUGCACCUUCAGAUCACGGCGUUGGCAUUGAACCUGUAUUUCCAGAGAACACAGAAAACUCUGAAAAAAUAUCACUUCAGCUUCAUUUAGCUUUAACUUCAAAUUCAUCUUGGGUUCAAUGUCCCAGCCAUUUGGAACUUAUGAAUCAAUGUAGACACAUAAACAUACGUGUGGAUCCCAGGGGCUUAAGAGAAGGAUUGCAUUAUACAGAGGUAUGUGGCUAUGAUAUAGCAUCCCCUAAUGCAGGUCCUCUGUUCAGAGUUCCGAUCACUGCAGUCAUAGCAGCAAAAGUAAAUGAAUCAUCACAUUAUGAUGUAGCUUUUACAGAUGUACACUUUAAACCUGGUCAAAUUCGAAGGCAUUUUAUUGAGGUUCCUGAGGGUGCAACAUGGGCUGAAGUUACAGUGUGUUCAUGUUCUUCUGAGGUGUCAGCCAAGUUUGUUCUUCAUGCAGUACAGCUUGUGAAGCAAAGAGCAUAUCGAAGUCAUGAAUUCUAUAAGUUUUGUUCCCUCCCAGAAAAAGGAACACUGACUGAAGCUUUUCCUGUCCUAGGUGGUAAAGCAAUUGAAUUUUGCAUUGCUCGUUGGUGGGCAAGUCUCAGUGAUGUCAAUAUUGAUUAUACUAUUUCUUUCCAUGGGAUAGUGUGUACUGCUCCUCAGUUAAACAUUCAUGCAUCUGAAGGAAUCAACCGUUUUGAUGUUCAGUCCUCCUUGAAAUAUGAAGAUCUGGCUCCCUGCAUAACCUUGAAGAACUGGGUCCAAACACUACGGCCAGUGAGUGCAAAAACAAAACCUUUAGGAUCAAGGGAUGUUUUGCCAAAUAAUCGUCAACUUUAUGAGAUGGUCCUGACAUACAGCUUUCAUCAACCUAAGAGUGGGGAAGUAACUCCAAGCUGCCCACUACUUUGUGAAUUAUUAUAUGAAUCAGAAUUUGACAGCCAGCUGUGGAUUAUUUUUGACCAGAACAAAAGACAGAUGGGUUCAGGCGAUGCCUAUCCACAUCAGUAUUCUUUGAAACUGGAGAAAGGAGAUUAUACAAUUCGGCUACAGAUUCGCCAUGAGCAAAUCAGUGAUUUGGAACGUCUUAAAGAUCUUCCAUUUAUUGUUUCUCAUAGAUUGUCUAAUACCUUGAGCUUAGAUAUUCAUGAAAAUCAUAGUCUUGCACUUCUGGGAAAGAAGAAAUCAAGCAAUUUGACAUUACCACCCAAAUAUAACCAGCCAUUCUUUGUUACUUCCUUACCUGAUGAUAAAAUACCUAAAGGGGCAGGACCUGGAUGCUACCUUGUAGGAUCCUUAACAUUGUCAAAGACUGAACUUGGAAAGAAAGCUGAUGUAAUCCCUGUUCAUUACUACCUAAUACCUCCACCCACAAAGACUAAGAAUGGCAGCAAAGAUAAGGAAAAAGAUCCAGAAAAAGAGAAAGAUUUAAAAGAAGAGUUUACUGAAGCAUUACGAGAUCUUAAAAUUCAGUGGAUGACAAAGCUGGAUUCUAGUGACAUUUAUAAUGAAUUGAAAGAAACAUAUCCUAAUUAUCUUCCUCUGUACGUUGCACGACUUCAUCAGUUGGAUGCUGAAAAGGAACGAAUGAAAAGACUGAAUGAAAUUGUUGAAGCUGCAAAUGCUGUUAUUUGUCAUAUAGAUCAGACGGCCCUGGCAGUUUAUAUUGCAAUGAAGACUGAUCCCAGGCCUGAUGCAGCUACUAUAAAAAAUGAUAUGGACAAACAAAAAUCUACCCUGGUAGAUGCCCUUUGUAGGAAAGGCUGUGCACUGGCAGACCAUCUUCUUCACACACAGGCUCCAGAUGGGGCUGUUUCAAGUGAUAUAGAAGGAAAAGAAGAGGAGGGAGAAAGUACUUUGGAUUCUCUGGCAGAAACAUAUUGGGAAACUACAAAAUGGACUGAUCUUUUUGACAAUAAGGUUUUGACAUUUGCAUAUAAGCAUGCAUUAGUAAAUAAAAUGUAUGGGAGAGGCCUUAAAUUUGCAACUAAACUUGUGGAAGAAAAACCAACAAAAGAAAACUGGAAAAAUUGUAUUCAACUGAUGAAGUUACUUGGAUGGACUCAUUGUGCAUCUUUUACUGAAAACUGGCUCCCCAUCAUGUAUCCUCCUGAUUAUUGUGUAUUCUAAAAUAGAAACCAAAACUUUAAAUUUUUAAAAAGAAAGUUUUAUAGUGAAUGGAUAUAAAAACAAAUUUGUGGCGUUUUUAGUCUAAUGCAUGUUUUCAUCCACUAUCAAAUACUGAUUAUUAAAAUGAUGUGUAUUUAUCAGCAAAUUCA